AUGUCUAGCUCGGAUUCUUGUGUGACAACAUUUAUAAUCGUCUCGAGCGCCAAGCGCUCAAUCAAGGUUGUUGGAGUCAACGCGGUGACCUAUAAUCUUGGAGCCCAAGGCUAUGCAUCUUAUGGCGAAUGGUAUCUCCACGAUAAUGGAACGCAAGCUUUCGAUGAUAUCUUCACCAAUGGUGAGAUUCGCCUGGAGAAUCUAUCCGUCUCCAGCAAUUACACUACUGGUCGUGUUUCAUUGGAGAACGUAACAUCAAGUGACCUUCGCAAACGCACUACCUGGGUCCAUAAUGAGGUCGAAUUCGAGUACCAUUCCCGCGCCGGCGUUUGCAAGACGCGCUUGACCAAGGCUCAGCUAAGAGAGGGCAUUGAUGCGCAAUUGACGAAAAUGUCGAACGAGAAACAACGUUGCUCGUGUUGGACAUACACGGGUAAUCAUGGCUGGUACGGCGAGCUUAAAUUGAUGAAGAUUGAUAACGGAGACGUCAAUGAAAGUGCUAUGCCAAGAAGUGCAAUGCAGAUUAAAGGGCUGUAUACAGAUUACACAUGUUUGCUAUUCCUGUUAUCUCCACCUUGGAGUAGCAGUAUUGGGGUGUGA